UUCUCAGUAAAGCUAUCACGAGCUGAACGAGAGUUAUAAUCUCGGGCGCUGCUUUUCGAUAAUUCUCAUAAUAAUACCUCUUUCGAGUGUUGAAACCGUUUCUUCAAAUAUUAGUUGAACAGCUACGACGUGCGAGGCCGUUAGAAAAUAAAUGAACAUUUCCAAAUCUUUCCUUCGAACGGAAUUUUUGUCUGCAUUUCGAUGAUUAGUGGUGGUUAAUCGCGUUAUUAUUCGCUCGUAUCUAUUUCAGCAUCGGUGAAUGUUGUUGUAAAAUCAAUUCCUCGGGAAAUUCUUGAAGAAAUGUAAGGUGAUCGCGUCACAGAAGAUCAACACAAAAAAUUCCGCAAGACUUCCUUUCUUUGCUUAAAUUCACCGGGAAAUAGGAAAUAAUUCACCCUCGUGUCGCAGUGAUCAUCGCAGGAGAAUAUACGAUGGCCUUUCGGCGCGAAAUACACGUCGGAUUUUCGAGGAACGCGUGCACAAAAUGCGAAUCUACCGCGGCCGAGAAAAGAUUUACGUAUUGAAGCAAUAGACGGAUUCGUGCAGGAAUUUCUUCGGCUAACUUCUCGAUGAGUCACUCAACGGCGAGACGGGCACGUUUGUUAAUCGACACGGUGGAAAAAAGAGCAAGAAAAAUGGCAGCGGGAUACGACGAUUGUUACGACGCUUCUUGGCAUUUGAUACCGCCCGAUUACGUCAGCAACGACGAGGAUUACAGGUUACUGGAAAGUAUGAAAAUGCCAGCUAGAACGUCCGGUUUUGCAAUCAGCGACAUUUUGGAGUUAAACGAUGCCAAACCGUCGCAAGAGGAACCAGAUGUGCAAGGUACCACGACGGUUUUACCAACGGCCAACGACAUGCCGUCGGCUUACCAGCAAUUUCUGGAGCACACAACCGCCAUGUUGCAGCCUAUGCACGCUAAUCUGAAUAGGGGUACGCUACCACCGCCUCCACCUGGAUUAUUAGGAUGGCCAACCGGACCGGCACUACCGGCAACGUUGCCUCAACCCUUGGAGGAGGUGAAUGUACUCCAACAACCGGACUCGACGAGCCCGGCGAUCUCCGACAUGUCGUUCCCGUCGCAGCAGGAGAACAGCCACGAGUCGUCGAAGGACGAGGAGUCGCAGGACUUCGAGGACGAGCAGCAGACCGGCAACGAGACGACGCAACCCCACGAGACCGAGCACAAGAAGCGCAAGCGGCGCGUGCUGUUCUCCAAGGCGCAGACUUACGAGCUGGAGCGACGCUUCCGUCAGCAGCGUUACCUCAGCGCGCCCGAGCGAGAGCACCUGGCCUCCAUCAUUCGCCUCACGCCGACCCAGGUGAAGAUCUGGUUCCAGAAUCACAGGUACAAGACGAAGAGGGCGGCGAGCGAGCGCGUCGAGGCCGGCGGCAGCGGCUGCUCGCCCAGAAGAGUCGCCGUGCCGGUGCUGGUGAGAGACGGCAAGCCCUGCCAGUCCAAGCUGAUGGAGCCCACUGCUUAUCCCGGAAGCGGACAGGUCCCCAUGGCGCCGUACAUGCAGAAAUAUUGGUGGUAAGAUAACCGAAUUAAUGAAACUGGGAUGAAACGUUUCGAAGCAAUCCGUGGUGAUUCACGCGUUGAUCGAUUAUUGUAUGCGAACGGCAAUUUCACGAUUAGAAUAUUGUCGCGACAAGAAGUUAUAAAGAUACGAGGGGAUAGAUAAAGAAGAAAUUCAAGAUGGAAAGUAUGCGGAUGAUUUUAUGACAGUUUAAUAUGUUGAAAGUGUUAGAAGAUUCGUGAUAAUGAGGUACUCAGUAUAGAUUAUGAAAUCGGUAUUAUCGACGGUAUCGUCGAUAAUAGAAAAAUGAAAAAGGAAUGAAUUGGAUAAUAAGUGUCGGUUGAAAAAGAUUGACGAACAAAUCUUGAGAUAUUGAUUUUUACGUCCGACUUUUAGUGCAUAAUCGGUGCAUAUCUAAUCAGACUCUUGACGCAAUGAACGUAAUUACAGUCAUAGACGUAUAAUGGAAUGAAAAGCUAAAUCAUUUCUUGAGUUUGACGAUGUGUUUUAUCAACGAGUGUAUUUCAAGACACGCAUACACACAAUCGGACUUCUCAAAGUAAAAUUGGGUGAAGUGCGACGUUUUACGACAGUGUUUAACAUGUGCGUCUAGUGCGAAUACACGAAGCUGUGCUAAAAUCGGUCAGUACAUUCUUAGAAAAAUAUUUCGUCAAAAUUGAAUAAAGUUCAAAAUAUUAAUUCUUUUUUAAAUAUAAAUUUUUUUAACUUUUGCUUCCAAUAUCUGCGAACUUUUUUAUGACGCUAAAUAAUGAAAGUGUUUUACGACAGUAAUAGAUAUUUGCUUAAAAUUGAUGUACUUUCGUAAAGAUUUUGUCAUAAUGAAUAUGCGCGAAAGUUUAGCGAACAAGACGGCAAUUUCAAAAGUUUUUAGUAAAACCUUAGAUAAUUAUGAAUGGUUGCACUUCGCACAUAUGCAAAAUAUUAAAACAAAGAAAUUAUGAUAAAUUAAUUGAUCUAUGUAUGAUCUACAUUUCUGAAAGAAUAUUGGGAUUUUAAUAUUUCUCAAGGUGAUCUUCGCGACAUAUUAGUCACUUAUAUAAAAUACAAUAAAUCCCGAUAAAAAGUUUUUAUAUAAAAUAUAUUGUAUGUAUGUAAUUAUGUAUAAAGUAUAUAUAUUAAAUAAUAUGUAUAAAAUAUGUCCAUAUAUGUCUCCUUUCUCUUGUAUAAUUUCUGUUCGUAUAUAUAAAAAAUAAUAAAGAAAAUAAUUGAAAAAUGGACAUAUUUGAUACAUAGAUAAUUUAAUAUAUAUAUUUAUAUAUAUUCUUAUAUGAAAAGUUUUUACCGGGAUAGCUUUAAUAUGUACACGAGCGUUUAUUUCAAAAGACGAGAUGCUGACAUUGAUAUAAUUCAAGAAUUGACAUAACUUUAUCGUUAAAGGUACAAACAAGCGCGCGCGAAAGAUUUAACGUCGCGACGCAAAGUAGUUUAACGAAGUUAUGAAGAUAAUUAAAAAACGCAACUCGUAAAUUCGUGAGCUCGUAAUUCAUUCGAUGGAAAAUAAUUGAAAUACAGGACUGCGACCACUUGAAAGUUUUUACAAGUGUUGAUAUUUAUAAGGGAGUUAGAGACAGUUACGAAUAUUGUCAGAAACCAAAGAUCGCGUCUAAUGAGCUAGUUUGACGUGAAUAGGUAAAUAAUUAUAAAUAUAAGAGAGGAGAGAAAAUGCGCGUAGAGAAAUUUCAUUAGACGAUAUCGAUGUCGCAUUCUUACGUAAUAAGAUAUUUGUACAAACUGUUACACGUUAUAAUGACUCACGUAUGUAUGUAGAUUUCAAAUUAGCCCCUAAAGCGUGCGUCACAGAAAAUAAUAUCGUAAGAAGUUCCAAUUUAAUCAGAAAAUGCAUAACGUCGUCUAACUUGACCGCAUAACUGAGCAUCCCCGCGCAUGUAACGACUCUUUCGGAACGGCAACGAAUCACACGAAAAUGGAUUACUGCCACAACGGAUUGAAUUCGUGGCUCAAUUGCGAUCCGCUAAUUCGAUCGUCAAAAAAAUUUUUACGACGUAGGCAUUUCUUCACACAUUUACACACAUAGCUAAUGUAAACUGUGCACGUUUUUUCUUCAUGUCGUAAAAGAAUUCGCGACAUAUAAUAUUUGAUAGAUUCUCAAGAAUUCUAUACUUGCAAGAUAUAGUUGUAUAAUUUUUUUGUGACUCUAUACUUUCUGAUAUUUUCAUUUCUCAUGGAUUUUUGCAAAAAAAGAAAAGAAAACAGAGGCCAGUUUGGGAAUACAUUUAACGAAUACGCAAUUUGUACGAGUAGCGUACAACUGAGUGUCUUUAUCGGAAUAAAUUCGGCUUUGUUAAUAAUUUCGUUAUAUACUUACAAAUUUAAAGAUACAUAUUAAAAAUUUAAUUAAAAUGAGGAGAACUUA